AUGGCAUUGUCACGGGUCAAGACCACCAUCUGGGGCGUGCCCAGCGUCGAACGCAGCCUCCUGAUCAAACUCGACUUCACGUUGUUGAUCUACUUCUCGCUGAUCUGGUUCCUCUUCGGCAUCAACCGCGCCAGCUACAGCACGGCCUACAUCAGUGGCAUGGGUGAGGCCCUGCACUUCCACGGCAAGGACUACAAUUACAUGAACACCAUCUUCAUCGUCACCUAUGCCGUGUUCCAGAUGCCCGCGACCUCGCUGCUGACCGUGGUGCGGCCCCGCUACAUCUUUGUCGCCGCCAACACCCUGUGGUCCGUCCUCACGCUGGUCACCUUCCGCGUCGACCGCGUGUGGCAGGUCUUUGUGCUCAACGCCUUCGAGGGCGCCUUGUCCGCCAUCUGCUAUGUUGGGGCACACUUCAUAUACGCGUCGUGGUACCGGCAAUCCGAGCUGGGCAAGAGGGCCGCCGUCUUUUGCGGCUUCGGCAACAUCGGUAACAUGGCGGGAGGCUGGAUCCAGGCAGGUCUCCUGGGCUCGCUGUCGGGAAAGGGGGGCUUGCCGGCUUGGAGAUUGAUCUUUAUCGUGGUCGCCGUCACAACGAUCCCCGUCGCAAUUUUCGGCUGGUUCUUCAUCCCCGACAUGCCGUCCCAUCGAGCAGCUUGGUUCUUGACCAAGGCGGAGCGAGAGCACGCUGCCAGCCGCCUGGGAGUGUCACGAAAGCAUACCUGGGAUCUGAGCGUGUUCCAACGGGUGCUUCUCAGCUGGCAGUUCUAUCUGCUCCCCACAAUCUUUAUGCUCUACUCCCUUUGCGUCCAGAUGCUGCUGAACAACGUGAUGCAACUGUGGAUGAAGUCGCGCGGGUACACGCUCAUACAGCAGAACAACUACCCGACCGGCGUGUAUGCGACGGGCAUCGUGGCCACCUUCAUCUACGCCUGGGUCUCCGACCGGCUGCGUUCUCGCUGGCAAGCCUCGUUGUGCAUCGGCUUCACAUUCGUCAUCGGCAGCGCGAUCCUCGUCUCCCGGCCAUCCACCGCCGGGUACUUCUUCGCCUUCUAUCUGCUCGGCACGGGCUAUGCACCGCAGGCAUUGUGGUAUUCGUGGAUGGCCGACCUCACGGCCCACGACGUGCAGCUGCGUGCCAUCACCACGGGCUUCAUGAAUUCCUUCGACUUUGCCUUUGUCAGCUGGUGGCCACUCAUCUUCUACCCUGUCACCGACGCCCCGGAUUAUCACAAGGGGUACGUGGCCAGUCUCGUCACCGGCGCCUGCACGAUCCCGCUGGUGCUGAUCAUCGCCUGGUUGGAGAAGAGAGGUCGGGCUAGGGGCGUGAUAGGCAGGAUUCAAGGUACAACAGAAGACGAUGAUGAUGGCAGCGUCGUUGAAACCACGGAGGAGCAAGUCGACACCUUGACCAAGGCGAUAGCGCCGAUCGGCCCAGCAGCAAACGUGCCAGUAUAG